GGAUUUCUCCCCCAGAACCCCUCAUGCUUCAGGCUGAACUCACCGUGACCCAGGAUGCCGCUCUGCCCUCCACAUUUGUCGCCAAGGGAUAUUUGUAUCACCCGCUCCAGCUGUGCCAUGACAGGGAGAAGGAGAGCGGGGUGGCGCCCCGAGGCCUCCUGGUACGUGUCGUGCUGGGAGCCGAGCCGGGGCCCAGAGUGGCCAUGGCCAGUGGCUUUGCAGGGGACGGGCAUGACCUCCGCAUGAAGCUGGCGUUCAUCAGGGGAAAGCUUAGCGAAGAAGGAGGCUCACAUUCCCUCCAGGAGAUUCGGGGCUGCGAGACCCAGGAAGACACCACCACCAGUGCCUUCAGGUGGUUCCUCUACAAUGGGGAGCCCUUCCUCUUCUACGACGAGACGACCCAAGAAUGGGGAGCACCCCCGUCCUCAUUUCAUGCCCUGGCUAUGGAGGUCAAGAUAUCCUGGGACACAGAGAGCAUCGAAAACAGGAAUUCCUGGGCCCGUGUGCUUGGUGAACUUUGUGGAGACCUGCGGAGAUUUCGGGACUCCUGGCUGGCCUUCAUUGGGAGCACAGGCGUGAAGGCCACCUGCAGCAGGGCCUCAGAGGAUGCGGCCAGCAUGACCUGCCGGGCACUCAGCAUCUCUCCCUGGAACAUCUCACUGGUCAGGCUUGAGGACGAUGAGCCCCUGAGCCCAGAUGUCCAGCUGCCUGGGGGUCCAGCUGUCCUGACUUAUGAGAACGGGACCUACUGUGAUGGGGUGGCCCUAAGGGUUCCCCCAGGAGAGGCACAGAGGGGUACCAGCUCCAUGGGACACAGCGGGAAUCACACCGUGACCUCUGGAGAUCCUGGGGAAAGGCGCCGGGGCAUCAGUGGCCACUGGCUAGCUGUCGCUGCUGUCCUUUUCACUCUCAUUUGAACCUUUGGUUGAGGAAGACAUCAGCUGGGGAGAGUCCAGAUACAGGGAAUGUGAUUCCAGAGCAACCGCAGGGCAGCUUCUGAGGACGAAAAGCACAGUCUGCAGCCGACUGAGCAUGUCCUGCUGUCUCUCCCCAGGGCCCGGUGGCUGGCAGGACCUGAGCCAAGUGUGACACCCGACCCUCAGGCCCUGGUCUGCCGGCCUCAGAGCUCCUGGCCCCUGCUGCCAGCGCCUGAGCCCAGGGACUGCCUGAGGGGCUCAGCCGGGCUCACUGGGCUGGACUCGCCUUGCUCCGCUCAGAGCACUUUCUCCCUGGGCGCCUCCGUGUCCUCACCUCUGGGGUCAGAUGACAGCACUGCUGUGACUCUCUUUCCUUGGUAUCUCCGUAACAGUUUGCACCUGCUUCUUGUGUUCUCUGUCACUGUGGAUGUCUGCGCAGGUCACCAGUAUAUGGAUAUGUGUGCAUGUAUAUAUCUACAGAUAGAUUUAUUUGUACAGUAUUUUGAUAU